AUGGCCCCCCACAGCGAGCCAGCAGAGAAGGCGACGGCGGCACCAGAGGAGCUGCAGGAGCAGAACGGCGGCGAGAACACACCACAGCCGAAGGAGGACGUCGUUGUGCAGAAGGCGGCAGACAGAGGCAGCGGAAGGACUGACGCCGUCUUCGGGACUAUAGCCAACCGCCUUGCCACUGCCCACCGCACCCUGCAGAGCGCGGGCGAGCUCCUCCCGACGCUGCUCGAGCACUCGGGCACGGUGCAGCACCAGCUCUACGCCCAGCGGGACCGCGUCGCCAUGACGCUCGCUCGCACCAGCGCCUCGAAGAGCUUCAACUGCCAUGAGGAGAUGGAGCGGGCUCACACGACGGUGCCUCUCAAGAGGCAGAUCGAAGAGCUCACGGCGGCGAUCGACAAGUGCAGGGAGGUCGGAGCCUACCUCACGGAUGCGAGCCGCCUGCACAAAGGGCUUCCCCCGUGGGAACUGGACUACACGAGGUGCCAGUGCGACGAGAUGGAGGGCUUCUGCAGCAAGCGGACGCACAGCGACCACGGCUGGGGCCACGACGAGGUCGCGAAGGACGGGGCGCCCACCAUGGGCGGCGGAGCAGUGGCCGAGACCGCCAUCAGCAUCCAGCCCCAAGGGCCGCCGCAGGUUCCCCAGUCCAACGCCCGGCACCGCAGGGAGCGGCGCCUGCGGGCUGGAGCGAGGAGGCGGCCGAGGCAGCUGCAGGGCGCACAGCGCCUGGACGCGCACCACGGCAGCCAGGCGCCGAAGAUGGUCAAGGGCGGGGCCAAGGCGGGCUCCGACAAGGCCUACGUGGUGCGCAAGGCCUGUGGCGAGUGGUGGUGGAGCACGCGCCUGGAGGCGACGUGCUACCAGUGCAAGUGCAGAGCCGCCCUGCCGAAGCCCAAGUCGCCGAAGGCGGACUGGGGAGGCAGCGGCGGCAGCAGCAGCACAAGCGCCAACAGCGGCAAGGGGCCGCUGCAGCAGCACAGCAGCACCAAGAGCACGCCGAAGGGCGCGGACAAGGUCUCGCAGGCCCUGAAGCUGCUCACGGACACGCUGGGCGACCUGAACUUGUCCAACGGCGAGGCCAUCUCGAGGACCCUGCAGGGCGCUGCAGCAGCGAUCAAGGCCGCGGUGCCAGAGCCUCCGCCCAAGUCAAGGGCGCAGAGGCUAGGCAUCGCGGCCAAGGCACUGCAGGAGGCCAACCAGGCGUACUCGUCGGCGUUCGCAGCCAAGAAGCGGGCAGACGCAGCCGCUCAGGAGGCGAGGACCAAGCUAGACGUGAAGGCGGCGGCGGUGCUCAAGGUGGAGAAGGAGCUCGAGGACAUCCAGGCGGAGGGGCGCGACCCUCCGAAAGGCGUCCUGGAGCAGCUGGUCAGCGGCCAGGUGGAGGAGCUGGCGGCGGGCCAACUCGCAGCGGACAUAGAGCGAGAGCUGAACCUGACCGCCGCCGACCUGGACGAGGAGGGACGCAAGCAAGUGGAGGAGGUGAAGAAAACAGUCGUGGCCCAGAUGAAGGAGAACGCCCAGGCCUUCUCGACGCAGCUGAAGGGACACCUGGCGGCGGAGAAGCUGAAGGCGGCGGAGCAGCAGGCCACGAUCCACCUGGCGGCGAAGAAGAGGCUGUGGAUGGCCAAGCAGAAGAUUGGCCAGGGGUACGACGCCUACGCGUUCCAGGAGACGCACGUAGGCCGCUCAAAUUUAGAUUCCGUGGAGUGCGAACUUGUGAAGUUGGGUUACAAGGCGUGCUUCACGGCGGCCAGGCAGUCCACAGUCACGAAGGCGACGACCGACGUGAGCGGGGAGUGGAAGGCCGACCUGGACCUGUGCGACUGGACACCAGUCACGUGGCACUUGAAGGGGACGACAAUCACGGCGAUCAGCCUCUACCUGGACGUUGGCAAGGCGCUGCCCGAGGGCAUCAACCACGAGUCGAUGAUAGACUACGCCCUGGUGAACGAGCAAGGGCAGAAGCUGAUCAAGGGCGUGGAGGCGGUCUACGACGUGCCGUGGAAGCCGCACAUCGGGCUGAAGUUCACGCUCUACGCCGAGGACUUCGAGCUGGCGCUGGACAGCGCACAGCGGGAGGCGCUGGCGCCAGUCGAGGCGGCCUGGACGGGCUUCCCCGCGGGGACCAACCCAGGCGCCGAGGGUGCUGUUCGUGAAAGGAUUGGCGGAAAGGAGUCAGAUGAGAACCUUGGGGACGGCCUCCCAGGUUCGACGUGGAUGCCAGCGAACCCAGGAUGGACAGAUGCGGACGCGGACCCCUUCGCAGAUCUCGAGGAUCACUUCGAAGAGGAGCUGCCACUGCAAAUUCCAGAAGGCUUCGAGGCGGAGGUCCCUGACGAGCCCAGAGGGCAUGACGCGGACUAUGUGACCAACACUGUGGUAGACAGGACCUCGCAACUAACAGUGGACGCGGAGGCGGCGAAGGAGCUCGGGGACCGCUUCGCGAACACCAUCGGCACGAUGGAGAGGUUCUAUUGCAUGGCCUACCGAAUCGACCUUGUGGAUAGGCACCACUUCAUGGGCCGCGGCAAGGCAUACGAGCUCAAGGUCACAAACUCCAGGGAGUGCGGUGAGAGGAGGCUAAAGUACAGCGAGCACAGCGCCGACUGGCGGGCCAGAGCCGAGGUCCUGCUCACCAUGAUGGCCAAGCUGAGGAGGAGAGGCAGAGGCACGAAGCAGCAGCGGGAGCUCGCUCGUGCAGGACGAGAGCUGGCCUACGACGGCAUGCCCCAGGCAGGCCGCGGGGCCUCGGAGACGGCACGCCUGCACCGCAGCAUCUGGAGGCAGAGGCUUGCGGCGCUGGAGGACCUCGACGUGGCUAUCGCCGAGGGCAUGGCCAUGCAGGCCGAGCAGGAGAGGAGAGCUGCUGUGAACAGGGACCUGAGGGAGAGCACGCGGAGCUUUGGGCGGUGGCUAGCCGCUACAGAGAAGCAGCGAGGCGUACUCCACAGGAUCACCAAACCACCCAUCAGACGCGAGGAGGAGCUGGCAAUGGAGAGGGGCGUGACGGAUAGCCCGAUGGAGAUCGUGGACGCCAAGGCUGAGGCAUCCGCGAAGAUCUGGAGGUGCGAGGAGGCCGCCCACGGCACGCACACGCAGCUGCUCGGGGACCCCAGGAGGCGAGCGGCAGCCGUGGACGCGCCACAGUGGACUGUCGACGACCUGAACCUCGCCCUCGCGGGGGUGGUCGAGAAGAUGGCAGGACUCGUCGCGAGAGCCGAAGCAGGUGUGGCGGGAGCCCCAGCUUUCUGGCUCAGAGGGCUCACGCCUAAGGCCUGGACGGUGCCACCCCCGUGCAGCACGGAGGAGCAGGAGACGCCGCUGGGGCAGUGCCUACAGGGGGGCAGACUGCGAGCCCCAGAGGGAGGGCGGCUCACCAUCUGUGGGGACGGCUCAGGAGGCGAGUACAGCAGCGACGUGAGGCACAGGAGAUGCGGAUGGAGUUGGGUGAUGCUGGACACCAGAGGGCGCACGAGAGAUUUCCCGACCUGGGCCGCGAAGUUCGGACCCCUGCCAGGCUCACGCCAGUCCAACAACAGGGCGGAACUGUGGUCGCUCAUCAAUUGCCUGGAGCCGACGUGCGGUGGCAUGACCUUCUGGACGGACAGCGAGAUCACCCUCGUCGGCUGGCACGCACGUCGCGAUGAGAGACCAGAAGGGGCCGCCAAUUGCGACCUCUGGCGCCGCGUGCGGAGGGCCAUCGCCGAGAGAGGAGGUGGCAGGGAGAUCAUCACUUUGCGCCACCUGGACAGCCACCUGACGGAGACGGAGGACGCCAUGGAGCGGAGGCCGACGGAGAACAAGGAGCUGAAGAUGGCGAGGAGGCACGCGGUCAUGCAGAGGAGAGCGCAGAGGAAGGUCAAGGCAGACUACUUCGCGCGAGACCCCCGCAGACGGCCAGCCACCACGCACGACCUCGUGGAGCUCAGACGAGGCAGGUGCGUCGAGUUCAACGGCCACACCUCGCACCCGUCGCACCCCCUGCGAUGGUUGGGCCGCCAGAGGCGCUGGUUCUGCACGCUCUGUGCGAGCUCCGCCACGGAGAUGGUCUCGGACAAGUUGCAGGCACCCUGCCGCCUCCGCCCCACCUGCGAGUCGAGAAGGUACCUGCUGAAGAGCUGGACUAAGCUGGCAGGCGCAGAGGAGUGGAGGAUGUGGCCAGAGAUCAAGCAGGAUGAGAUUCGAGUUACACCAGGAUGGUCAGAAACGGUCGAGGACCCCUUCGCAGAUCGUGAAGAUCACAUCGAAGAGGAGCAGCCGCAGCAGUCAACAAAAGGUCUCGAGGCGGAGGUCCCGGACGAGCCCAGUGAGCAUGACGCGGACUUCGUGACCAACAUGGUGGCAGACAGGACCUCGCAACUAACAGAGCGGACCCACACCCUGGGAAACCGACAGACUGAACGCGAGGGGGAGGGCUUGGCCCGCGGAUGCCACGUGAACCGCGAACACAGCGAGAGGCAUAGUCGGGGGACCUCGCCCGAGCCAGAGGUCAGAAGCAUCGAGGAUGACCUGAGGAGAACCCGAGAGGUGGCCGCUGGAGGGAUCGUGAAUGGCGACCACGCCGCGGUGCUCGACAGCGACCAGCGCCAGCCGUUGGAGGCAAUCCUGAAGCUCAAGAAGGUCGAGCCAGACGACAGCCAGAGGAGAAGUGAGGAAGCCAGGAGGGCGCUGGAGGCCGCCAGGGAAAGAGCGAGGUCCAGCCCAGCCGUGACGGCCAGGGAACGCAGCCCGCCCAAGCCCAAGGUGCUGCCGCUGGCGACGCUGAGGCAGCUCCUGGCGGCCCUCUUCAAGAAGCACUGCUCCCAAUGCCACACCAUCCGCCGCGACGGGGUGAACCCGUACGGCACCCUCUGGGGGCCCAACCUCUACGGCAUCAUAGGGCGGACCGCCGGCCAGAACGCCCGCACCGGCUGGUCCACCUACUCCCGGGCCGUCGAAGGCAGCGGCAUCUUGUGGACGGAGAGGAAUUUAGUUGCUUUCUUGAAGAACCCUCGGGCUUUUGCGGGCGGCGUCAUCAACAUGAAUUUCAGGGGCCUCGAUUCCAUAGAGGACAGGAUAGAUUUGGUGCACUACAUGAAGCGGGCAGGCAUGAACUGGCCGCCGCCCGAGGUCAUCGCCGCCGGCAGCCAGCCGCGGCGCGCGAGGCCGCCGGCGCCGCCGGCGGAGCAGGGCGCGCAGGCCAUGGCUGCUGGCGCCGUGGCGUGCGAGGAGCGCCCCCUGGGCGCCGGGCUCCCUCCCGGCGAGCGCACGCCGUCCGGCCUGGUGCUGUUCCGGGAGCCGCCCCGGCGGCCCGCGGCGCGGCCCGCGGCGUAG